AUGGCCGCUGCGCAGCUCAUUGACGGGCUGUCCAGUUUGGGAUCCGGAAAAGGCCAAAUUCAGAAAGCAGCGAGAGUCCAUGUCGCGAUAACUCCAAAGGCUCUCUGGGGGAGGCGAGCCAAUGUGUCGUGGGUUUCCAGCCUCCCGAGUAUGGGGUUGAUGGUCGCUGCGCCUCUUCUCGUGCUCUUGAUUUCUGUAGCGCUCACCCACUAUGAUGGCUCAAUUACGAAGGUGCUCGGUGACGUUUAUUCUCAUGGCGCCCUGCCGCUUCUCACGCGAUAUUGCCCAACUGUGACCACGCAGGGUAUCAAAGCUUACAUCUCCUGGCUGGUCUUUCAAGCAUUCCUAUACCAAGCCCUCCCGGGGAGGAUUGUGUCCGGCCCUCCCACUCCCGGGGGAUAUUCGUUGCCAUACAAGGUCAAUGGCCUAUGGUCCUGGCUGGCAACCCUAGUUGUAUUUAUUGGCCUUGUUAGGGCUGGAAAGCUGGACCCUACAUUUGUCGCAGUGCACCAGGGUGAACUGAUUAUUAUUGCGAAUAUCUACGGAUUUUUGAUCACGGCUGCGUCGGUUGUAAAGUCCCAUUUAUUCACCCCGAACACGAGGGAUGUUCGAUUUAGCGGAUCCAUAAUCCACGAUUUCCUAUCUGGAGUGGAACUGAAUCCCCGCCUGGGCAAGCACUGGGAUUUAAAGCUGUUCCAGAUUGGACGCGUUGGGAUGAAUAGCUGGGUGCUUGUUGAUCUGUCCUUUGCUGCUUUGCAGUACCAGAAAUUUGGCUACCUCACAAACUCGAUGGUAGUUGUGGUUUUGCUGCAUGCCUUGUAUGUGGUAGACUUCUUCGUUAAUGAAGACUGGUACCUAAGUACGAUAGAUAUUGCCCUGGAUCACUUCGGCUUCAACCUGGCAUGGGGUUCCGCUGUGUGGUUGCCAGUGAUUUACACCACGCAAGCACACUACUUGGCGUAUCACCCAGUCCAGCUGUCCGGGCUGCAAUGCACACUACUUUUAGCAGCUGGAAUUGCAGGUUAUGUGAUAUUCCGAUCUGCAAAUCAUCAAAAGUAUCGCACCCGCCAGUCAAACGGAACCAGCUUGAUCUGGGGCCGAAAGCCUUCCGUCAUUCAAGCAACCUACCAAACCGCCGAUGGUUCGUCACAUCCAUCUAUGCUUCUCUACUCCGGCUGGUGGGGAUGGGUCCGCCAUCCAAACUACAUCGGCGAUUUGAUUUUCUCGUUCUGCACUUGUGCGGGCUGUGGCUUUGCACAUAUCAUCCCCUGGACGUAUUUCUGCUUUAUGGCGAGUCUACUGAUCCAUCGGUCGUUGAGAGAUGACGCCCGUUGCUCCUCGAAGUAUGGCGACCGAUGGACUAUGUACUGUGAGAUUGUGCCGUGGAGGCUGAUUCCGGGGCUCUUCUGA